CUUGAUGGGACUUGUAGUUUUUAAAGCUGCCUCUUACGUCAGCGGAAGUGAUUUGAGCGUAUGUGCACUAGGUCACAUUGGUUCGGUUUUGUAAUGUUUUGAGAAACUCCACCGAAUAAUGGAGGCUACGAACACAGAGGAAAUCCAUCUAAGGCAUGUGGAGAAGGACGUGCUGAUUCCCAAGAUGAUGAGGGAGAAAGCUAAGGAGCGCUGUGCGGACAAGGUUGAAGCCUUCAACCAAUGCUGCAAAGAAACGGGUUUCUUCAUGGUGUUUAAGUGUCGAAAGGAGAAUUCCUCCCUGAAGGAAUGCCUGACUCAACACUACCAAGAUCCUACUUUUUUUGAGGAGUGUAAGCAACAGUACAUUAAAGAGAAACUGGAGUUCGAGAGGACGGGCAUCCCAACCAAGAACAGAACUCAAAAACUUCCAACUAGCAUGUGAUAAUUGACACUAAUAAUAAAAAAAUCAUGAUGUAAUGUUCAGUGCAUGUGCAAGAUGAACUGCAAGAGCUGCGUAAUAACUUUCUUUUCACAUUUUCUUAGAAAAAGCAAUCGAGUCAUAAUAAGACAGCUGAUUGCAGCUCAUUGGUUUUGAUGCUACGGCUUCAAUUUCAGGCCAAACUUUUGUGGUUAAAAAAGUAGUGAGAGCUCAAGUGGUUACGGAGAGUCUGAUUUGUGUUUUUGCCGGAGUCUCAGAUAAAAAUAAUCAUCAGAAGUUCUGUGUUAAACUCUUGAGGAGUAUUUCAAACAGCAGAGUGACUACUACCCUAAAACAACCCAUUGUGAUUUUUUAAAAUAACAAUAAAUGAAAUGUAAUGUAUGUACAAUAAA